AUCAGACUUCAUUUCCCAAAAUGCGUGCCUCCGACCAAUGGGCGAUGUCGAUUCUGCUGUAACGCACGAGGUGGCCAAUGAAACAAACCUGGUGACUGACUGCACACUUGCUGUAGCCCCACUGCGUAAUGGAGCAAAGGUCAACAUUCUUCACAGUGAGGCUGACAUUGUGUAGCUUUUUAACCACUUUGCCAACACUUCUUUUAAACGCUUGGGGACGAGAGGAAGGAAGCACACGUUUCAACUUGAGCCAUUCAGGCAUUGAGUGGCUUUGACACGGAAACACCGAUUCCACACUUGUGUUUGACCACCCUGCCCGAUCAGCUGACACAAUGCUUUCACAUAGCGCAGCAGAGCAAAACAAUGAGAUGGACCUGAAGAUGCCUGCAGCCGAAGCCAUUGAAGGAAAUCUGGGUGGCGAUAUAGAGGUGGCUGUCUGCACUUCAGAAGAGCCACCUGCCUCUCAAAGUCCCCCAGAGGAGCCCCGAAAGUGGAUGUGGGCUGUGAUAUUCUUAUGUUUCUUUGGGUUUAUGGCAUCCAUCAAGCCCGGAGAGCCCUUCAUUACUCCUUAUCUACUCAGCACUGAAAAGAACUUUACCAGACAACAGGUGACCAACGAGAUUACUCCUGUGCUGACGUACUCCUACAUGGCAGUGCUGGUACCUGCCUUCCUGCUGACUGAUUUUCUGCGCUACAAGCCAGUUCUGGUCAUCCAGGCCAUCAGCCAAGUGGUCAUCUGGCUCCUUCUGCUCCUCGGUACCUCUCUUCUUCAGAUGCAGUUCAUGGAAUUCUUCUACGGCGUCACGAUGGCGUGCCGCGUGGCGUAUUCCUCCUACAUCUUUUCCCUGGUCAGCCCCAGCCUCUAUCAGCGGGUGGCUAGCUACUCGCGCUCCUCGGUCCUCUUGGGAGUGUUUGCCAGCUCCGUUCUGGGCCAGCUCUUCAUUUCAGUGGGACAAACCAGCUACAAUACCCUCAGUGCCAUUUCUUUGGGAUUCGUCAGCUUUGGUUUGUUGCUCUCGCUGUGCCUGCCCUGGCCGAAACGCUCCUUGUUUUUCAACAAGGCGUGCAAACAGGAGCACAGAGAAGUGGCCACGAGAGCAGGCACUAAGGCAGAAUUGUACAAGAUGAACCCGAAGGAGGACGAGUUGGCCGCGGCCGGCUCCGCGUCGCACUGGAAGGAUUCGGUCUUUGUGCAGAUGUUGAUGGAGUUGAGAACUGUGGUGAAAAGACCCGACAUGCGGCUGUGGUCCCUUUGGUGGAUCUUCAACUCCACGGGAUACUACCUGGUGUUAUUCUAUGUCCACAUCUUGUGGAGCAAAGUCUACCCGGCCACUGAGAACAAGAAUGUUUACAAUGGCGCCGUGGAGGCUGCUUCUACCUUGCUCAGUGCAUUGACCUCAUUCGUUGCGGGCUUUGUGAAAAUCCGCUGGAAUAUUUGGUCAGAGCUUGUCAUCGGUGUGAUCACAGCUGUGCAGGCUGGCCUGCUACUGCUCAUGGGCACCACUGACAACAUUUGGGCCUGUUACGUGGCUUACGUCCUCUUCAGAAGUUUCUACCAGUUCCUGGUGCCCAUUGCCACUUUUCAGAUCGCCUCGUCGCUCACCAAGGAGCUUUGCGCCCUGGUGUUUGGCAUCAACACCUUCUUGGGGACCAUCCUGAAGAGCAUCAUCAACCUGAUUUUUUCCGACAAGAGGGGGCUGGCUAUGGAUGUACACAGUCAGUUUCUUGUGUACUUUGUUUACUUCACCCUGCUGACCGUCAUCUACUUUACGAGUGCCGGCGUCGUCAUCUUCCGUCAUUUCAGAAAUCAGCCCAAGAGGCAAGCGAUCACCCAGCAGAGCAAGUGUACUGAGCUUAGCCAAGUGGUACCGGAGGUAGAACCUUUGUCCAAUGGUAAAAAUGCCAAGACAUAGCAAACGCCACCUUGAGCCUUAAUCAAGUGCCUCAUCUGCUGGAGCCUGGGUUCACCUUUUUUAUUUUAUUUUUUUUUAAAUUCACUGCACUUAAUGACGCACUUGUGGGACCACUCAAGUAACGGCCCAAAUGAGCCCAGUUUGAUUGUCUUGAUUUGACGACAACAAAUUCAUGAUUCCAACGUGAACCCGAUGGCACUGCUGUUAGCCGUGUGAUUUGUGUCUACAUCUCCAAAUCACUCAUUAAUUUAUUAUGUCUUGAUUAAUAAUCAAACCUUAACAACACUCUGUGUUUUAUCCCAGCAUUGAUGGUGUCAGUGGCACAGACCUUUUUUUUUUUUAGUUAAAACCCCACAAUAAAAUAGGAAAGAUGGGUUAGAAAAUGCAUUGGAAGAAAUGAUGACAUUGUUUUACGUCAAUUUAUAGUUUGUGUUUAUUUCUAAUCCUUGGCCUUAACGGUUGUCUGGUUUUCGGUGAUAAGAUUGUUGCUUUUUCUUCCACAAGCAUUUGUGCUGGACAAUUAUCAGAAUGCAGUGUUGCUAAAUGCAACAGAAACAUUUUGCAUAUUUUUGUAACAAUGACUUUAGGAUAUGAGACUGUUUUGGAGUAGGACUAUCCAGUACUCACCUGACGUGCGAGAUCUAAGUUAACGUUACAGUAUUCUCGCUGAUUAUGUUAUCUGUGAACUUGUUUGAAUGUUAUAAAGCAAACAAUCAGUUUUUGGAAAGUAUUUUUAUGCAUUUUAUUUUUAGUAUUUUUGUGUGUGAUUAAAGCGAGUAAAUAAUGGCAUUCAAAUUCUCAAAGUUUGUAAAUUAGCGUGUUCAUGUUAGUUUGCUCAGAUUCUUCUCAAUUGUUUUGCUCCAAGUUUUUUUUGGGGGGGGGUCCGCAACCUUCAGGCAGGUUUUUUUUAAGGAUCUCAGCUCUUUUUCCAGCUGCAGACUUGAAUCAGGUGUUCUUACAUGCCUAUCGAAAACAGAUUCAUUUAAAUUAGUUUGUGUCGCAGUGGCAAACAAAACUGUCAACAUGCGACAAUAAAUCUUGUAAUCAAAA